AGCGGGUAGCGGACCUCAAACAAAAGAAAAAGAAAUUGAGCCACUAGAAAAAGGGGAUAAAGAGAAGGAAAAAAAAAAAGAAGCAAAACGAUAAUAAACAGAAUUGAAAACGAAACAGAGGUAUGUUUUGUGGCUGAAAUUGAGCAAUGGAAGCUCUUCUGGGAAGCUCUCAUUCUUCAGCCUCUGUAUCUCCGUCAUUUAUCAUCACUAGCAGCUACAGAAGAAACCCCACCUUUGCUUUUAAGGUGCUUUCGUGGAAUUCUUUGUACAGUGGAAGUAAUAACUCUCAACUAUAUCCUCCAAUAUUGUGUCUUAAAAAGAGUGGCAAUGACAACUCUGGAAGUUGCUCUCCUUUAUGCUACAUUGAGCAAAUGUGCAGAAACAGAAUGUUUUCUCAGCCAAACUGGAGGCAUAGCAAAAUAUUCAUUGAUAAGCAACCUUUGCUGGUUAUACAAAAUGGCUUAGCUUUUCUACCAAGAAAAUUGAAAACCAGUUUCCGCAAAACAGUAAAGCAUUCAGAAAUAUUUAGGAAUAUAGUACCUGAUAUAUUUGUUCGGUCCUGCAUUGGACUAAUGCUGGUUAUGGCAGUUAAUGCUGCUGUUGUGAAAGCUCCUUCUUUUGCUCUCACCGAAGAAAAUCUGCUUUUUUUGGAGGCAUGGAGAACAAUUGAUCGUGCAUAUAUUGACAAGACCUUCAAUGGUCAAAGUUGGUUUAGGUACAGAGAAGAUGCACUACGGAAUGAACCAAUGAACACUAGACAGGAAACAUGUAAGUUUUGCCCUUUUUGUGGUAAUCUUUCGGUGAUUAUCUGCAUGAACUUUUGCAAGAAUACCGGGGAUCUGCUAUGUAUUUGCACUGAAGCUUCUAAUUGAAAAGGAAGAAUUCAUUGUUAUGAGUAGCAUUGUAGAGGACUAGAGUGUGCAAUCUUUAUAGAAGGGGACGGGUAUUAGUUAAUCAUACAAACAUGUAUAAGAAGAUGUCGCUUAGCAAGAUAAAACCAGGCACAUGUUUGUAUUUCUUUUUUGCGGACAAGAUGCUAUAUUUUGCCCAUUGGUCAAGGUCACCUGCAUGCUGGACUAGUGUUUUUGUAUCUUGAGUUCUGAAUCGGAAAAGGGUCUGAUAUAUCCUUGUACUAU